AUGAUCGACCGCCUGGACGACCUCCGUGCUGCAGCGGGCACCUUGGCGCGGGAGAACCGGCGCCGCGACCGGCGCGGCACCUCGCCGCUGCGGUCGCCGGAGCCCUCGCCGCCCCCCACGCCGCAGCUGGCGCCCCGGCGAAGCGAUGAGCCGCUGCACGGGUUUCUGGCCAAGUUGGAGCGGGUGCGCAGGGGCCCGCUGCGUGAGCUUGAAGGCACCCUGGCCGAAGCAGAGGAGCUUCAUAGCGGCGCGCUGCAGGCGACUACGGCCAAGGAGGAGAAAAAGGCGCUGCUGAAAGCAGAGGCCUGCGCCGCCCGGGCGUCCACCGCCGCUUCCAGGACCUGCCAAGAGCUGCGGAAUCUGGCCAGCGAGCCCCAGCAGACCGGAUCUGAGGCGGCUUUAAGGCGCCAGGCCUUGGCCGGAGUGUCCGUCCUCUUCCAGAACGCCUUGUCCAGCUACUUCCAGUUGCAGGUGGCCUUUCGCCAGGAGAUGGAGGCCAAGGUCUCCCGGCAGCUCCGUGCCGCCUUUCCGGAGGCGGACGACACGGUGGUGGAGGCAGUGGCAGCAGGCCGCUCUGCCGCUUCAACCAUCCAAGAUGCCAUGCAGCGGCAGUCAGGCACCGCGCCAUUGUCGACGGCCAAUGCGCUACAGGCUACUCAAGAAAGAUGUGACGAGCUGGCGAACUUGGCCCGUGCAGCGCGUGAUCUGAGCCAGAUUUUCGUGGACGUGGAGUCACUGGUGAACUCGCAGGGGGAGAUCCUGAAUGACAUUGGGAGCCACAUUGCCUCGACUCGGGAGCAAACCGCCCUGGGCCGCGACAAGCUGCGGGAGGCGGUUGCGGCGAAAACCUCCUGCCGCUGUUGGAUGGUUCUGGGUCUGCUGCUCGCGCUGUUCAUAGUGGUGCUGAUCGCCGCCAUCAUCCUCAGCCAGGCGCACCACAAGCAGCGUAUCCACGUCCUGAAGUGGGGCAACGAGGGCAACAGCAGCUCCUGGACGAUUGGCGCUUGA